AUGGCUGACUAUUUAACCACCAUCGAUGCCAUGUCCGCGACGCUGGGCUAUGGGGACAUCAACGAAUAUCACGCCGACCCGGAAGCCAUACAGGGUUUGAAGCUUUUGGUUUGGAUCUUGAAAAACGAUAAAGCAGACCACGAGUAUCGGCGUUACAUCGGAGAAAAGCAGCUCGUGCAAACGGACCUGAUUCCGUCGUUAGUGCACGGGUUCCAUAAGCCGGAAAUUGCCGAUGUGUUACUGCGUCUGCUCGUAAACUUGACCUUCCCGACGGAGCUACUUUACAAGGGAACCUACCCAAAAGACGCAGCGGAGCAGAAAAAAGUGUUACAACUGAUGGAAAUUGCGGAACAGUACAAGGAAGCGUUUGCCGUAAAGGCUGUGUGGUCGGUACUGGGAGAAAAAAUGCAACAAAUCUUACGUAUCGAUUUUUCAGAGCGCAGCGAAGCGCAAUCGGUUACCGUAGAACGUAUCCUAAUCCUCACACGAAACGUACUGCAAGUACCGACUAACGUCGAAAGAGAACAGCAGCUUGAUGACGAUGCCAGUUUGCACGAUCGUUUGCUGUGGUCUCUGCACCAAACCUGUACCAUCGAUACGGUCCUGUACGUUCUGGGAUCACCCCUAGAGCAGCAGUAUUUCAUGCAUUCGCUGGAGAUCAUGAGCCUUGUCUACCGCGAACAGCAGCCAGCGGCUCUCGCCGAUGCCACACUGCAGCGCAGGACGGCCGAAAAGAAGGAAGACGAAAUGAAGCUCAUCCAAGCGCUGCACCCGGCGACCGAAAGGACUAAGCAACUGCCAACAGCACGCCAUUCCCGCUUCCGGGGGACGUACACGUUUGGCAACCUCAAAUCGGUAUCGGACAAUGACUACAUAUCGCACCAAUCGUUAAACAAAAUCAUGAAUGCGGACCUGGGCAUAGACAAACAACGAAUUAAGAAGUCGUUCCGUAAAAUGAAGCAGCCGGACGAGUUGGAAAGGAAAAGUAUUUUGUCCGUAAGGAUGUGUUUGCGGGAGUAUUGCGUGGAAGUUCUAUGCCUUUUUAAUAACAUUGUGAAGCAAGCGAGGCGCUACUUGAGCCAGUUCGAAAAUACCGCAUCGGAAUUCCACGACGAUACGUACCUGUUGUGGGCGGUUCGAUUUUUCAUGGAAUUCAACCGUUAUAACGGUCUAAACAUCGAACUAGUGAGCGAAGCGCUAAGCAUGACCACGUUUCAUUGGAUCAUAACGAGAAUCGAGGGCUACAACGAUCUGAUCGUUUGUGACAAAACUCGUAAGCGCGUAUGGUCUAAGCGCUUGCACAAUGCAAUACAGACCUACGAUGAGAUGAUCAGCAACUUGCGUGCCCUCAGCGUGAGGACCGAUCCGGAUGCCAAGGAACUCCUCGCCGUGCUGCAGCAUAACAUUUUCUACGCCGUAGAGUAUCGGGAAACUGUCAUUCAAUUGCUUUGUAAUUUCAACGAAACGUAUCAAACAAGGAGUUUUUUGCGGGUGGUCGUAGAGGUGGCCAAUCGCUUCUUUUCUUUACUUGAAAAAUUUUGUAACGGCACCAUCCGCGUGCAGGAACGUGCCAAAGCCAAGCGGCAGAAAAAUCGCCGCACCACUGCCACCGCAUCGGAUGCACCGCACAAGACAAAGGAAGACCUUGAGGACGAAUGGUUAACGAUGGCACCGAAAGUAGCGGCAAUUCUGCCACAUAUUCAAGACUCACCAGAAUCACUACCAACGCCUUUCGAUGCGGCGUCCCCCGUUCCCAUCGAUGAGCAGAGGGGAAGCUGCAUGAUACGUAUUCACGGGCUGCUCCGGGACGAGAAGUAUGAGGAUGCGGUGAAGCUAAUGUACGCGGCACGCUCCAUCUGGACCACUGAUGACAACUGCUUUGGGUCGUCACAAUCGACCCCGGAUGAAACCUUAAUGCUUUUGAAGGAGAUUUUUAUGGCCAAUAUAUCGGACGGUUCUGAACAACAAAAUAAUCCGCUCUCGGAGAAGGAGGAUACUAGUGAGAACGAAGAGGAUGAGGAGGAAUUCGAAGCUACGUCGCGGUAUGUCGAAAAGGACUUUAAAUUUGAUGAUUUCUCCCGAAGACUGGUUAAUCCUAAGAUUGUGCGAAGCUGUGUGAUAGUGCUGUCGGAUUGGGAGACCAUCAAAACGACCACACUGAAGGCUGCCGUCCACAUACUGCAUCGAAUUGCCGUCGAGCAUAAAAAUCCGUCGAUGUUAUUUCAAGCUUCCUUGUUCCGCAUUUUCCAACGAGUGAUGUGCACGACUACCACCAGCCAUUCAAUUCAUUUAAAGCAAUUAGGGGAGUAUAUUAUUCGUCAGUUGCAGAAAGUGGCAUCCAAUGGCAACGAGAUAGUGUUUGCUGAAAUACUUUUCUAUAAAUCAGUUAAAAUUUGUACUGCCAUUGAGAUGGGAUAUGAUGAAGUAUUUAACCAGCAUCCAGGAGCCACUGGAAAUGGUGAAAUGAACUGGACGGAAGAGCAAGAGGACGAAUUGCGUCGGCUUUUCAUGGAAAACCAGGAAAAUCCCCAAACGGAUCAAGAUGUGAUUGAUUGGUUGUUGGACAACAUCAUCAAUAAAUCACGGACACGGCGAGGAGUUAUCAAAAAGCUUAAGGAGCUGGGACUUAUCUUCAAGGCGCCCACCAAAAGAAGCAACAUCAAUCAACAGAAACAGGCCAAGUUGUGGAGCGUUGAGCAAAUAGAAAAGUUGAAGCAACUGUACGAGGAGCAUCGUCUGGAGAAGAACGUGUUGAGGAGAAUAGCCGAUGCGUUCGAAAAAACAUUCACCAGACAGGCUAUCGUAAAGCAAAUGAUUGGGCUUGGUUUGAUAGCGGACGAAACAGAAGUUAGGCCUGCUAAAACAGUUUCAUCUCAUAACCUUAACCAAAGGCACCGAGGCCACGAUAGCAGCGAUGGUGGCACCAGUGAGGAAUGCGAUUAUGAGUUCCCGGUCAGUACACAAUUGAAUGUACCGCUCCUUGAGAAAAAAAUGAAAACUAUGGGAAGCUCCAUGAAGCAAAGCAUCGAAUGGGUGGUAGAGUGCUUGCAGGACGCCGUAAAGGACUACCAGCAACCGGACGACGAUGAAAUUAACGACGGCGUACCGAUGAUUCCGAUCGAAAGCUACCAAUCCAAUGCGCUUCAGGAUGGAAACUUUAAGCACUUCCUUCGAACUCUUGGUUUGCUGAACGUGAGCAAGGAGCAUACGUUCUGGCGUAUCCCAUUCCGAAUGAAACCGAGCGAUCUUGAGAUGCGGAUAGAUAUUUUGAGGAAAUACAAUACAAGAGGAAGCUCUCCGGAGGCAUGCGAGUCUCCAGAUAUAAGUGUUGCGGAUGCAGAUGCCGCCGCUGUCCAAGACUGUGUGACGGAGCUCCGAGUUUCGAGUGAGUCCGACGAAGAUCUAGAAACUAUGCGUGCAAACCCAACCCUGCAUGCCAAACGUGAUCGGUCCGAUUCAUCGGACUCUUUGCAAUCGCCAUCGCAAAACACCAAAAAACACCGCAAAAGGCUAGUAAUUAGCGAUGAGGAAGAUUAA